AUGACUGAGAUGCAGACCUUCUACCACGCCAUGUAUCGCCCCCCGAGCUUCUACCUGCAGCCCACCUUGAUGCAGAGGCGUGUCCUGAACGAACAGGUGGACCUGUGGUGGUUCAGAGAGCCACGUCGCUCCUUGUUGUGCUACUGUAUCUCAGUGGUCCUCAUAAUAGGUCUAGGCCUCGGUGGCGUGGGCCUCCUCUCUUCUACCACGAGCCUCUCUGGGGAUUGGCGACUUGGAGUGGGCACUACACUCUGCCUUUUGGCCCUCGCUGUUUUACUUAAGCAGCUCCUCAGCUCCGCCAUCCAGGACAUGAACUGUGUGCACAGUCGACGUCGGAUUGACCAGCUGAGGAGUGGAGGGAGGGCUGACCCGGCGCUGAUCUUUACCGUGGGGUUGUCAGUGAUACUCUGUGGGACAGUGCUGCUCUGUGUGGCUGCAGUUGGCAGCCGAGCUCAUGACAGCAGGGAAAUGCUGGUGUCUGGUCUGGUGCUGCUGGCUGCUGGGAUCAUCGUGGUACUGGCGGUAGUGGGCUACUGCGUGCUGGUUUACCUUCAGAGACAAAGGGAGCAGAGGAGGAGGAGGAGGUGGGUGAGAGUUAGUAGAGCAAGGAGGAUGAGGAGUCAAGGUGUGCAGGUGUUCAACAUCUCAGCAGGACAAAGUAGUCAAGCCAGGACCAGUCUGAUCUGAGUCGGCUUCACCUGCAAAAGCGUUCAUGAAAGGUUCGAAAGUCUGUGAAAGUGGAAAAACAUGCAGACGCGUCCGUUCUCAAGACUUUGUGUUCCUGUUAUGAUAAAAGUGACGACUGCUGAACAUCACCAACAAAAAGAAUGUCUGUAACAAAGCAAUAGUUUUCAGCAAUGACUCAGGAAAGAAAUC